AUGGGUUCCGGGAAGGCCUCAGACUCAGAGAGGCUGGGGCUGCAGCCGCGCGGCCAGCCUGGCGCUGCGGAGGGAGCGCAGGAGCGGGGACAGCGGCGCCGCCAGCCCCGCGCGCCCCCCCCGCCGAGGCUGGGCUGCCGGGACGCCGAGCUGCGGGGCAGACAGCGAGCCGCCGGCCGGCGGAAGGACGCGCGGACCGCGGCGCAGGGGUCGGUCCGCCCGCCGAGGAGUCGCCAGCAGGCCCAGGGCCCCGGCCAGUGCCCAGCGCCGCUGGGAGCCCCGGCCAGCACCACGGACGGCGCCCAGGAAGCCCGAGUCCCCCUGGACGGGGCCUUCUGGAUUCCAAGGCCCCCAGCAGGCUCACCCAAGGGUUGCUUUGCCUGUGUGUCCAAGCCCCCGGCCCUGCAGGCUCCAGUGGCCCCGGCCCCUGAGCCCUCAGCAUCGCCCCCCAUGGCGCCCACCCUGUUCCCCAUGGAGUCCAAGAGCAGCAAGACGGACAGCGUGCGGGCCUCUGGUGCCCCCCAGCCCUGCAAGCACCUAGCCGAGAAGAAGACUAUGACGAACCCCACAACAGUCAUCGAAGUCUACCCAGACACCACCGAGGUCAACGAUUACUACCUGUGGUCCAUCUUCAACUUCGUCUACCUCAACUUCUGCUGCCUGGGCUUCAUCGCGCUGGCCUACUCCCUCAAAGUUCGGGACAAGAAGCUUCUCAAUGAUCUGAAUGGAGCGGUGGAAGACGCCAAGACAGCCCGGCUGUUUAACAUCACCAGCUCUGCGCUGGCAGCAUCCUGCAUCAUCCUUGUCCUCAUCUUCCUGCGGUACCCACUCACCGACUACUAAGGCCCCACCGGGCAUGGCUGGCCGUGGAGACAAGGCACUGAAACAUGUUCGUUUUCACGCCUGAUGUGACUCGGGAUGCUGUGUGGUUGGGGCAGAGCAGGGCGUGUGCCCUGGAGCCCCCCUGAAGCUGUGACCUGGGCAGAGAGGCCGUCAGAAGCUCCGUACAAUAUGGGGCAGCGAGCUUCGGGCUGGCCCACCCUCUCUGCCUCCUGACCCUCUCCACCUCUGCCUGUUUCUGGGGUCUGUGGGUGUAUCCUUGUGCUGCUGCACCCUGGCUUCUGCUGGCUGCCCUCCCUGCCCUCCUGUGCCCCCCCAGGCUCCUGGGGCCCCUCUGACCCGAUACCCAGCAAGAAGGGCUUCUGUGGGAGCUUCCCAGUUUGGGAGUGCUGCCAGCAUCUGGGGACUCACUCUGUCUUCCCUGACCCCACCUCCUCCAAGCUGUGACCCUGCUCAGAGCUCUUGUAUCUGUGAACUUUCAAUAAAAUACCUGUCUGGCUCCAGCCCAGCCUCUUCCCACAGCCGAGCAG